AUGAAUGCAUUUUUCGAUAGGUAUGUGCAUUCCAAAACGACAUUGAAGGAAUUUGUUGAUCAGUUUGAUAAUGCACUUAGAAAGAAGGUCGAGGUCGAGACACUUGCUGAUUUCAAAUCUAUCAACCAGACUAUUCCCUGUGUAUCUCACUUCAACAUAGAGAAGCAAUUCCAAUCCGUAUAUACAAAUGCAAAAUUCAAAGAGCUCCAAAGGGAGUUGCUAGGCUUAAUGGCUUGUAAUUGUUUGUUGCAUGCACUUAGAGUUUGUCAGUUGAAGAAGAUUAAAGAGCUGCCAAAUGUAUAUGUGUUGGAUCGCUGGAGAAAGGACGUAAAGAGGAGAUACACCUUACUCAGGAGUAGUUACGAUGACCAUGGUGACAGAGAGGAUAGUCGAAAUUAUGAGCUUGUUGUUAAGAGAUGUUUGAAAUUAGCUACCAAAAUAGCCUCAAAUAAUGAAAAAGUCCAUGCAUUCCUACGUGUUGUUGAUGAUUUCGAGAAAAAAUGUGAAGACUCAAUAGUAGACUCGACACUCAUUCAUACGAAGGAAAAAGCAGAUGUGGUAUUGGAUAAGGGGAAAAAGAUAUUAAGCCCAAAUGUGGUACAAGGAAAAUGGAGACCCCAAGUAAGAGGAGGGUUCCACCCGUGGAAAAGAUGGCCACAAAGAAAAGCAAACGGGAAAAUUUUGGUAGAUGAAACAGGAUUGGAUGACAACCCGGGAUCUCAACACCCCCAAUUUUCUGAUGGGGUAUAUGUUGGGACACAAAACAAAUUUGUGAAUAAUGGUCAGCUUGUGGAAUUUUUGAAACCAUUUGGAGAGGGUAUGGAGCCUUGUGAAUAG